ACUUGUUCUUCUUCUCACAGGUGUUUUCAAACGUGGUGUGAAAGACUGAGCUCACACUCCUCAACAUGAACCUGACUGACUGUGAUGAUGCCUUCAUGAAACGAGAGAGUUCCUCUUCCUCCCAAGUUGUCUACCAGGAGCUGAUUCAGGCCCCUGAGGACAACUCCUUCUACAACAGCUCUGUUCCAGAGAUGCUUCCUCCUCCUCCUCCACAUCCUCCACCUUCACCACCCCUCCUGCUCAUCGCCAGAACUAAGAGUGCCCCACCCCAUCUCAGCAACCACCACCAGUUUCUCCUGCAGCCACCGCCUCCACCUGCAGAUUCUGACUGACACUGCUGACAGCCAAACCACCUCCUACAGCCUCUGCCUGUGCACCUGCGUCUACACCUCUUGAAGUCAACUGCGGCCGAACCUCCACCCACAGCCUCUGUCAGCAAUCUGCAGCUGCCGCCUCCACCUGCAGAUUUUUACAGAUCGCUACUGCUCAACCUCCACUGACAACUUUUGUCAGCAACCUGAACCAGCACCUCCACCUCUCGUACAUUACUGCCAUCCAAACCUCCACCUGUAACCU